CGAAGCGAAGAAGACUUGUUCCCUUUCAGAUUGGCUCAAGCACCAAAUCUCCGAACUCCACAUCCACCAUGUCGGUAAAAACUGUGAAAGUCAGCAAUGUUUCUCUGCAAGCAACUCAGCGAGACAUCAAGGAGUUCUUUUCUUUCUCGGGUGAUAUUGAAUAUGUUGAAAUGCGGAGCAAUGAUGAACACUCUCAAACUGCAUAUGUUACAUUCAAGGAUGCACAAGGAGCAGAGACUGCUGUACUUCUUUCGGGAGCGACAAUUGUAAAUUUAUCUGUCAGUAUUACCCUGGCUCCUGAUUAUCAGCUUCCUCCUGCUGCUUUAGCACCUCCUGCAACUGAAAAUAAAGCUCGAGGUGGUGGUGAAUCUGCUUUGCGAAAGGCAGAAGAUGUGGUCACCACUAUGCUUGCUAAGGGAUUUAUCUUAGGCAAAGAUGCCGUCAACAAGGCAAAGACCCUUGAUGAGAAGCACCAGUUAACUUCAACGGCUUCAUCUAAGGUAGUUUCUUUGGACAAAAAAAUAGGGCUAACCGAGAAGAUAACUGCUGGUACUACUGUAGUGAGUGGCAAAGUCCGGGAAGUGGAUCAGAAAUUUCAGGUUUCAGAGAAAACCAAAUCAGCAUUUGCAGCUGCUGAGCAAAAGGUCAGUAGUGCAGGAUCUGCCAUGAUGAAGAAUAGGUAUGUGUUUACUGGGGCUUCAUGGGUAACGGGUGCCUUCAAUAAGGUUGCAAAAGCAGCAGGGGAUGUUGGUCAGAAGGCAAAAGAAAAGGUGGAGGUGGCUGAAGAGGAAAGGAAGCACAAAGUGGUUGAUGACUUUGCUAAGGUUCAUCUGUCUGAGUCCCCUAUAAAACCAUCUGCACCACCAAGUGAACAUCAACCUUCAAAACCCGAACCAGCUCACGGGUUGAUUCUCUGAUUAGCUGCUUCUGUAAAUACUGCUGAAGAUCAGAACUCUCAUCUCUUAAUUACUUGCCCUGUUGUUCCGGUAUUGAAAUGGAUGAAUGUAAUACAGGUUUCCAUCUUGUUUGAUAUAAUGCUCUUAAAUCUUUUGAACUUUUUGUUUUGCAAAAUGUUAAUGAACUGAAUAUUUUUCU